AGAUCAAUGGAAGACAAAGUAAUUAAUUAUUUGAUGCAAUUUUGAGAAAACAAGUGAUGCUUAAGAGACUAACUCAAAAAAAAACUUAAACAAAUAUGAUCGAGUAAUGCUUAAAAAAAACUAACCGGCCUAAUGAUAGUCAUGAUACUCCAAUAGAGGAGGCGGUGAGCUACUCCCGCAGCAGAACUCGGCGGCGGCGGAGGCCUUCUUGGUCAUCAUCUCCGCCGUCUCCAACUCGCCAACCCGAUUGGGGAAGGUUGGAGGAUGUGGUCGGGGAAGUCUCGCCGGAAGGACCUUCCCUCGUCGUUGAUUGUCGAUUCCAGUCUUUCGAUCGAAGGGUUGGCCGGUCGCAUCCUUGCUCUGUCGCUGGUCGUCCUCGCCGUGGAUGUUCGAGCCAUCCUCUUCGUCCUCAUCACCGUACACUUCACCGAGGAAUGUGCUGUGGAGUGGUGGAGGGACGUAGUUGAUGCCUUGGAAGUACGCGUUCAUGGCGUACCCUUGGCGUUGAACAGCCACGUUGAGCCGUUCAAGGCAGCCCUCCAUCCCGUCAACUUUGAGGUGGAGCCGGUUGAGGGAGUCGGCGAUGGAGGCAAGGUUGGCCCAGGCCUAGGGUUCGGCUGGGCCAGCGGCAGCGGCAGGGGCAGAUGUCCAUCACCACGAACGGGUACGGGAGGAGGUGAUCGUGGUCGGUGGACGCGGCUUCUGAGGUUUGAUGAUCCGGGACACGAUGUAGAGGAUGAGACGGCCUUCGGGAUUUGCGGAGUGGAUGGUGGGGCGGCCCAUGGCAUCGCGGAUGAGCUCGGUGAUGCCAAUCUCGUUGAGGGUAAGGCCCUCGUUGUUGAGCACCUAGUCCUCUCCGCCAUAAUGGGAGACAUCGUCGCCUUGGAAGGGGAGACCGGCGAUCCACCCAAGCUGUUCCACGGUAAGCUCAAUCGGCGUGGACUUGACGAGGCUGUAGAUGAUGUCGUCCUCACGCCGGAGGUUGGAGUAGAAGGCCCAGAUCAGCACCGGGUUGAUCUCCUUUCGAGCCCGGGAGAUGAACGGCCAAAGGCCAGAUUGAUGAAGCUGCGCGUCUAGGUCGUUGUAGCCCUACAACUCGAGGAAUCGCUCCGAGACGAUUCGCGGGGGAGCCACAACCCGUUUAGAGAAGAAAGUGAGGAAACGGGU